AAGUGCUCUAAGUAACUUAACAAUGUAGAAAGGUAUGGUCGACUUUGCAUUUAUUCUAAUGCAUAUUUAUAUAUAUAUAUUUAAUAAUACCUAUAAUAUAGUCACUGUUUGGUCAACGCUAGCAGUAAUCAAACCCAAUUUAUUAUUAUCUAUAUAGCUAUACUCAUUACUCACCAAACUAUAAAAGCAUAGUAAUGUACUGUAUCUAUAUAUAUUAUUUUCUUUUCUUUAGUAAUUUAUGCCAUCCAAACUGUCCAUACUCCAUAUAAAUACGUCUCCAUGGACGUCUAACAUCCAUAACAUUUCUUCAAACAAACCCCAAGUUAUAGAAAAAAAGAAGAUAAUAUUUAAAAUAAAGUAAUGGCCAUAAAGAGGUCAACUCAAGCAGCAUCGAUCAAGCAAAUCCUAAAGAGGUGCUCAAGUCUAGGGAAGAAGAAGAACGUCAACGGUUGCUACUAUAAUCAAGAAGAUGAUAGUUUUCCACAAGACGUGCCAAAAGGUCAUUUUCCGGUUUACGUUGGACCGGACCGAAGUCGGUACAUCGUUCCCAUCUCGUGGCUCGGACACUCUGAGUUUCAAACGUUGCUCCGACUAGCCGAGGAAGAGUUUGGCUUUGAACACAAUAUGGGUCUAAUCAUACCCUGUGAUGAAGUGUUCUUCAAGUCUCUCAUCUCCAUGUUCAGAUAAAAUUCGAUCGAAAAGUAAUCUGAUUAAUAGCUACGGGAUGUGUUUUUUGGAAUGAUCAUAAGAAGAAUCAACCCGAUUGUUUUUUUUUCUUUGUAAGACUUUGUAAUAGUUGGGAUUGGGUAUCUGGGAGGCUUUUUUUUCCCUCAACUCAACGUGAAAGGUUGACUAGUGAUCUUGAUAUGUGUAACUAGUUAACUUCUAUAAGCCAGUUUAUAUCUAUCAAGAAAUUUUAUAUGA